AUGCUAUUAUUAGUUAUUCUAAUAUCAACGAAUUAUGCAAAUGCAAUACUAGAAGACGAUCAUUUAGAAUAUGCGCCACAAUAUGAACAUCCAGAAUAUGCAUUUAGUUAUGGUGUAAAAGAUUUACAUACAGGUGAUGUUAAAUCACAAUGGGAAUCACGUGAUAAUGGUAUAAUCAAAGGACAUUAUAGUGUUCGAGAACCAGAUGGUUCAAUACGUACUGUUGAUUAUACAGCUGAUGCUAAAAAUGGUUUUAAUGCAAUUGUUAAAACACAUGGACCCAAUUCACAUCCAAUAACUGAUUCACCACAUUCUGAUUAUAUUAAAAAUGAUGAUACAUCACAAUCAAAAAUUAAUCAUUAUAGUAAAGAUCAAGAACAUAUAGUAUUAAGUUCAGAUUUAAGACCAGUUAAAAGACCAAUUGAUGAUAUUUCAUAUACACAUCCGAAAACACCAAGUUUAAUUGAAAUACGACCACAUGCACGUAUUAAACAAAUUCCAAUGGAAUCGAUACGUGAUAAAAUUUUAAGUCCAUAUCGUGAAACUGCUGACGAAUAUUAUUAUAAAAAUAUUGAACCAGAAAUAAGAGCUAUUAAACCACCAGAUUUAUCAAAACAUAAACGUAUAAGCCCAUUUGAUUUCUAUGAAAAUGAAGAUACAUCAGAAUGGAAAGCUAUACCAAAUUAUUUUCAACAUAGAAAAUUUAAUGGUAAAUUACAAUCACCAUCUUCAUCCUCAUCAUCAUCAUCAUCUUCAUCAUCAUCAGCAUCACAAACAGAAAAUCACAAUAACAAUAAUUAUCCAAUAAAAUCAACUCCAAUAAGUUUAUUACGUACUGAUUUCAUUUCAUCAAAACCAUAUCAGAAUAAUGUAAAUAUGAAGAGGCCAUCAUUUAAUAUACCACCAGAAAUUCCAAAAAAAAAUAAUAAUAACAACAAUAAUUAUGGUUCACAUCAGAUUUCAUCAUCAAUUGGUGGUGGUGGUGGUAAUAAACAUUUUCCAAAUCCUAAGAAAAAUUAUAAUGGUAAACGACAUAAGCCAAUUGAAUAUUCAAGUUAUUUUCAAAGACAAGGAAAAAGUAGACAAAUAAAUAUUAGUAAUAAAGAGGGACCAGUUGUUUUUCCAAAUGAAGAUGAUAUUGAAUUAAGGGAAGCAGCAUCAGCUCGAAUGGUACAAUCAAUGUUAAGAAAAGAUAAAAAACAUGUAGUACCUGGUUAUGCAUCAUUAAUUGCUGAUCGUUAUUUUGGUGCUUAG